AUGGUUGAUGUAAGCACAUGUUACAUUAGUUGUGGCUGCAAUAAUUCUCCGCAUGCAGCAGAUUGGGGCAAAAAUGGUUUGGUUUGUUACGGAUCCUGUAAUUCGGUGGCUAUUUACCAACCGCAAUUUUCUAAUCCUGAAGAAAAAGCAUCCGCUUCCAUUUUGUGUAGUUUAAAAGGUCACAAAGCCAAAGUCAACUGUGUCCGAUGGAUCAGGACAAAUGAAGAUGCAGAAAAUGAAAUUGUUUCGGGAUCCGUGGAUAAAACAGCAAUAGUAUGGAAAUACAAAAAUAACCAGUAUGUUUUAUCUCAAGUUCUCUCUGGCCAUAAUGGAUCAGUGACUGUUGUGGAUGCCUUGGAAGUUCCCAACUUGAAAAUGGAAAAUAAAACACCAAAUAAUGGAGUCCAUACUCUCAUGGUGACAUCUUCAGCUGAUUCUACAGUCAUUGUGUGGCAUCGUCUGAAUUCUGAAGAUUUUGAAAAUAUCCAAACGCUGUCAUUUAAGAAUGGUUUUGCACUUGAUGUUUCUUUGGUUUCUGUUGCAAAUUCUUCAGGUUCGUCAUUAAUAGUUCUUUUUUCUUUCUUUCUCCUUUCUGUUUCCUUCUUCGCUUUCUGUUUUCUUUCCCUCUCUCUCUGUGUUUUCUUCCCCUCUCUCUCUGUGUUUUCUUCCCCUCUCUCUCUGUGUUUUCUUCCCCUCUCUCUCUGUGUUUUCUUCCCCUCUCUCUCUGUGUUUUCUUCCCCUCUCUCUCUGUGUUUUCUUCCCCUCUCUCUCUGUGUUUUCUUCCCCUCUCUCUCUGUGUUUUCUUCCCCUCCCUCUGUGUUUUCUUCCCCUCCCUCUCUCUCUGUGUUUUCUCCCCCCCCCUCUCUCAGCAAACUGAAAGAAAGUGCAAUUAUGGCUUGUGGCUGUGAUGACCAAAAGGUUCAUUUAUAUGUAUGGCAGUCAAAUCAGUUCAUGCCUUCUCUCUCUCUUUUUGGACAUGAAGAUUGGGUGCGUGGUGUUCAGUUUUGUACAGAUGACAAAGGAGAUGUUCUUCUGGCAAGUUGUGGACAAGAUUAUGCUGUUCGUAUUUGGUGCAUUUCUCCUAAAUCUGAAGACAACAAUGACAACGCUCAAGAAACAUCUGUCCACGAACUUCCUUUAACAGAAAACCUGAAAAUGAAGGGGAAAGUUUUGAAUUUCCACUCAAAAGGCAUUCAACACAAUUACACUGUAACAUUGGAGUCAGUUUUACAUGGUCAUGAAGGUUGGAUAUACAGUGUUCAUUGGCACCCAACCAUCAAAACGGAAAAUGGUUACCAUCAACCAAUGAAGCUUUUGACUGCCUCGAUGGACAAAACGAUGAUUAUCUGGGCUCCUGAUGAAGAUGCUGGAGUUUGGGUAGAACAAAUCAGAGUUGGAGAGGUUGGUGGAAAUACUUUAGGCUUGUAUGGUGGUGUAUUUAGUCCACAAGGAGACUCAAUUCUUGCUCAUGGAUACCAGGGGGCUCUACAUCAAUGGACACUUGACCAGAAGCAAAAUUGGAUUCCUGCCGUAACAAGUGGUGGACAUUUCAAAGGUGUUGAGGACAUUGCUUGGGAUCCUGUCGGUGGACAUUUUCUACUAAGUGUCAGUACUGACCAAACUUGUCGUCUUCAUGCAGCUUGGGUAAUGACUAAACAGAAGCUGGCAUGGUACGAAAUAGCUCGUCCUCAAAUCCAUGGUUAUGAUCUCCAGGGAAUCACGAUAUUAAAUCGCUACAAAUAUGUCUCUGCUGCUGAUGAAAAAGUUUUAAGGGUAUUUGAUGCCCCAAAGAAUUUUAUUGAGAAUUUCUGUAAUAUUGCUCAACUGGAUAUUGAACAAGAGUUAAAGAACAAGGAAUUCUCAUCCGUCCCUGAAGGAGCCAGUGUACCUGCCCUGGGCUUGUCCAAUAAGGCUGUGUAUCAAGAGAAAGAUAAAAUUAAUGAGGAUGAGGAAAGAAUUGAACCCCAUCCUAACGAGCUUUACCCUGAAGUUUAUUUUGCUUCACUUAGUCUUCAUGAACCUCCAACAGAAGAGCAUUUACUACAAAAUACCUUAUGGCCAGAAACACAAAAACUCUAUGGACAUGGAUAUGAAGUUUUUUCUGUUGCCAGUGACCCACAAGGGCAAUUUCUGGCAUCUGCAUGUAAAGCCAGCAAAAGUGAAUAUGCAGGGAUUAUUCUUUGGGAUUGUAAUCAGUGGACCCAGCUGGCUACUCUGUCUGGAGCCUCUUUGACUGUGACACAGUUGGCAUUUUCUCAUGAUGGACAAUAUUUACUUUCUGUUUCCAGAGAUAGAACUUGGACUCUAUAUAAACGGACACAAGAUGGAGAUCUUCCUUUCAAAAUGAUCGCUAGUGUGAACAAAAAGACAUCUUCUCAUUCCAGAGUUAUCUGGGCUUGUUGUUGGUCACAUAAUGACAAAUUCUUUCUCACUGCAUCUCGUGAUAAGAAAGUAACUGCAUGGAAGUGUCCAGAUCAAGAAAAUGAUUCUCCUAAAAUUAUGGGAAGCUUGGUUCUGGAGACUUCAGUGACAGCAGUUGACAUGGCUCCAACACUGACCCCAUGUCAAAGAUACCUGGUUGCUCUUGGCUUGGAAUCUGGACUUAUAUAUUUAUACACGUGGUCACCAGACUCAGAAACAACUGACCAGUGGCAACAACUGACUGUUUUGGACACAAUUUCUCAUCAUUUAACAGUGAAGCGGUUACGAUUUCGUCAUCAGCUGGGUAUUUUAGGUGAUGAUGAUGAAAAUCAGAGAGAAGGAAAAAAUGGAUGCAAGUUCCAGCUUGCUUCUUGUAGUGAUGACCAUUCUGUACGGAUCUUUAAUAUUCAACUUAGCCCAACUUAA